CGACCCUCACUCUGCCCUCACUUUUUGUUCAUAUUAUCCUUAAAACAAGGCUUCACAGCUUCUGAGCCUUCUAGACAAGGCUCCCUAGUGAUGUAUCUCAUCAUGUACUCUUCGGCUUACCCACUAUGCACUAUCAAGUCUACCUAUAUUGCAUAUCACCUAGCAGUUCUGCCCCUACCUUCUCACAUCCUGUGCUUCCGAUAUUCUCGCCUCUUCUAGGCAUUGCAGAACACCUCUCUGACAAUGGCUUCACUCACUUCUUUCAAAGCUGUGAAUUCCCCCGGGCCUGAAACCUACGGCACCUCAUCAUCGUCUUCUUCGUCAUGCAAACCAGGGCUGCCUACCACAAUCGACAGCCUGCAAUCUGAGAAAACCUCCUCCUCAGAUGCCUCCGCCGACUUGCCAGCUUCUGGCAACGAUGCCUCCAAACCCAAAGCUGAACCUCGCACCACCCCCGACGCCGAGGCCGAUUUCCACGAUACCUGGGGCCAUCUGUUCCUCAGCGACGACGAGUUUGCUAGCUACUAUCCCGGGACACCUUCCGGUGCGUCAUCGGGAGGACGUUCAACCAAGACUAGCUCAUCCGAGGACGAGAAUGACAGGCAUGCCAGUGCCAGAGGCCAAGCCCACCACGUCGCUUUGACGACUGAGGAGCUGCGCAACUACAUAUCGCACCUGGAACGCAUGAAAGGAGAAAAGCAGGACCAGACCGCAGAGGCCGCAGAGGCUGUUGCAACAUGGGUGGCCGCAGUCAAUGCCAACGGAGCUGUGGCUGAUCCCCCAAGGGGCAAGCCCAAGGACAAGUCUGUUUACCCUUCGAGUGAUGGGGGCGAGAGACCCGCCAAGAGGCGGAUGCUCUAGGGGACUGAGGGUGUUUGCGGAGAAUAAAGGGAAACCUAUUUCGUGGAGUUUAGAUGGAGGGAUUGAACAUUUGGGAUUCUGGAUGGGGGUGGGGGGAAAGGGGCAUACGGUACAAGGCCUGGG